AUGUCAACGUCUUUGCACCUCCUCCCUCCCCACCCUCAUACCCAAGGCCAUUCCUGCGCCACAUUCAAAAUCCCCCCGUUAGAUGGAUCACUGACCUUCCCCCAGAUGUUCGACUUUCAUGAACAGCAUUCCGCCGAUCAUCGCCUCUUCGUGUACGCAGGACAGGACGGUGCCGUCAAUACGGUCAACUGGAGUCGAGCAAGCGUAGCCAUCCGGAGAGCUGCCAUACUGGUCACGGAGUGCAUGUCCCAUAAAUAUCACCCGGCUCAUGAGAUACCGGUAGUUGCGAUACUAUCAGCCUCAGACGCCAUUCCCUAUGCAACACUGAUGAUGGGCAUCAUGCGUGCUGGCUACACCCCGUUUCCCCUCUCAGCACGCAACUCGGCUGUGGCAGUUGCUCAUUUACUCGCUAAAACCAACGUUGUGCAUAUCUUCGUGGGGCUUCAUCAGGCCAUGCAAGACUUGAACGCGGAGGCAUGCGAGAUCCUCAAGUCACAGUACAGCUAUUCUACUGCUCUGGGAGUGUCGCCCAUGCCCGUCUUCAACGACUUCUACGAUGUGGGACUCAAGGGAAACACCGAGCAAGACAUCCCAUAUGACCACCCAGGGUUGGACAAGAACAUCUUCUACCUCCAUUCUUCGGGUUCUACUGCUUUCCCGAAGCCCAUUCCUUGGACGUACCGCAGAAUGCUGCAAAUCUCUAGAGCUGUAUUCUACGGAGAGCGUGACUUGACCGGCCGCGUAAUGGCGUUGUUCGGAAUGCCAAUGUUCCAUGCGAUGGGCAUCAUGUCCACAAUAUUUGCUUGCGCUUAUGGACAGGCGAUCGCUAUAACGGCGCCGACAACCUCUCCAACUAUUCCAACAAUCGAGAGCAUCAUUCAUGGCGCGAUGGCAACUAAGGCCGAUCUAAUCAUGACUGUGCCUUCCAUCGUCGAGGCGUGGUCGCACAAUCCAGAGUGGGUUAAAUGGCUUGCUACAAUUGACGGAAUCUCGUAUGGUGGCGGCCCGCUCAACAAGGAACGCGGCGAUUAUCGAGUGUCGCAAGGCGUCAGAAUCUUCUGCAACUAUGGAUCUACGGAAACUGGCGUUAUCAGUACAUUUCUGCCAGCUGAGACAGGGAUGGAUUGGGAGUACUUCCGCUUCGGGUCCUUCCUGAAUGUCAAGCUUGAUCCCUGCACCAACAAUGAAUACGAGGUCAUCAUUGUGGAGAAUGAGCUUUUACGGCCGAAUGUAGUCAAUACCAAGGUCAAUGGAGUGGACGCCUACGCGACUUCCGACCUUGUCGCGCCCCAUCCAACUCAAGAGGGCUUGUACAAGGUCGUGGGUCGCACCGAUGAUCAGAUCAUGCACAGUACCGGCGAGAAGUCGGCUUACGAUGCUGCACUAGAAACAAUGAUGAACCAGGAUCCGCAUGUCCAGGCAUCCGCUAUGUUUGGUCGUGGGCGUUUACAGGCUGGAAUUCUGAUCGAUCCCAAGCCGGAGUACAGCUUCGAUCCCUCGGACGAAGCCAGCCUUGUCGCGUUUCGUAACAAGAUAUGUCAGGCCGACGAUCUUGAAGACGAACUUGUAUGCCCCCAGCAUUCGCGCCUGUUCAAGGAGAUGAUCAUAGUCGCGAAACCGGACAAACCGUUCUCCUACACAGCCAAGGGAACCGUGCGUCGCGGAGCUGUGAUCCAACAGUACGAGGACGAAAUCGACGCACUGUACGAUAUCGUGGACGCAGGUUCCCAGUCCAGCGUUGCACCACCGGUAAGCUGGGACAUCACGACGGCAACCGACUUUGUUCGCAAGACAGUCGCCCAUAUCCUGAAACGUUGUCCGCGUGAUGGUGAUGAUCUCUUCCAGCAUGGCUGCGACAGUCUUCAGGCUACUUACAUACGGAACACGUUGCUACGCGCCGUCCGCAAGAGCGCGAAGGUCGAAACCCGCCACGUCUCGCAAGGCUUCGUUUACAGUAACCCGAGCAUCAAGCAACUCUCUGCCUUCAUCUCGUCCGUCGCGCUCGGUACUUACCAGUCCGAAGACAAUACUACAUCCUCAGCAGACCGCAUCAACGCCAUGCAUGCGAUGGUAGCCAAGUAUACUUCCGGCUUUUCCGUUCACAAGGCGGACCCCAGUGUCAAACGACGCGCCGGUGACAUCGUCCUGGUCACAGGUACGACGGGGAGCUUGGGCUGUCAUCUGCUCUCCCAGCUCGCGGCGAAGAAGGAUGUCGAGCAGAUAUAUGCUCUGAAUAGGGCAUCGAAAGACCAACAGUCGCUGCGCGAGAGGCAGCAGGCGGCGCUGCUCUCCCGCAAGCUCGAUGCGAGCAUCCUGGACUCGGAUAAGGUCGUUCUGCUGGAGGGAGACUUGACAAAGACAUACUUCGGGCUAGGCGAGAAAGUGUUUAGGGAACUUCACUGCUCUGUGACGAACAUCAUACACAACGCGUGGCGCGUCGACUUUGUGAUCAGCCUCAGCUCCUUCGAACCACAAGUACAAGGUGUGCGGGCUCUCAUCGAGUUUGCGCUCAGUUCUCCUUUACCUGAGCCACCAAGGCUCCUCUUCGAGAGCUCCAUGGGCACCCUUCAGAAUGCACCGUCAGAGGAGACUAUACUAGAGACGGCAGCAACAGCGGAGUGGUCUGUCGGCACGGGAUAUGCGGAGUCAAAAUGGGUAUCUGAGCAGAUCCUAUUCACCGCCGGCAAGAAUACCCCGCUCACGCCGCUCAUCGCACGGCUUGGCCAGAUAUGCGCCGGCCCUGACGGCGCAUGGAACGCUCAUGAGUGGUACCCAUCUAUGCGGCUGACACGACGCUCUAUCGCACAGGUCAUUGACUGGAUACAGUCGGACCUCGCCACGGCGGCGCUCAUCGACUUCCACAAAGCGUUAAGCCCAACUGGCCUUGUCCACCUCGUGCACCCGCGCCCAAUUCCGUGGCACGACCUCGCUGUCGCCAUCUCCGCCGAGUUCGCCGUCCCGCUCGUACCCUUUGCCACAUGGUUGGCCAAGCUCGAGGAGUACGCCGCGGCUCAAGGAGAAACCACUGGUGCUGCGAGGCUGCAUGCACUACACCUGCUCCCGAAGUUCCGCGAGAUACGGCUGCAGACGGACAAGGGGAAGAUGACGUUGGGUACGGCAGACAUGGAUGUGAGUCGAGCGAAGGAGGCGUCACCGACGUUGGCAGACCCGGGGUUGAGGCAGAUAGGCGUGGAGGACGUGAAGCGGUGGGUUGCUUAUUGGCGGAAGAUUGGACUCUUCGCUCGUGCGUAAGGUGUCUGCAUGUAUUUGUGAUACAUGAAAUCGUGGGCCUGCACUACUUAGAGCACGCUGUUUGAUGACUCCAUCACGGAGGCUUACAACCGCCACCUCCCAAGGUGCUCUACCUCGUAUGUAUCUCGUCCGGUGGUCAGCACAAAUCUGCGUGGCU